UAGGUGGCGCUGUUUUUCAACAUGGAGGGUCUGUCAAAUUUUCUCUCGAUAAUUCAUGUUAAUAACGUUAUUCCUGUCUCUUUGUAACACACACGGGAUACUGCAGUUGACUAGAUAAAAAAAUGCCAGGGUGUUGUGGGUGUUGGGAGGUCCUGAGGCCUCCAAGGUACAAGCGUCUGGUUGACAGCAUUUUCCCGGCAAAUCCGCAGGAUGGUUUGGUAAAGAAUAACAUGGACAAAUUGACAUUUUAUGCCAUGACAACAUCUGAGAAACUAGACAGAAUUGGCAUGUAUUUGGAACAGAGAUUAAGCCGAGACAUUAGCAGACACCGCAUAGGGUUUGUUUUUGUGGCCAUGGAUGCCCUGGAUCAACUUUUAGUUGCUUGUCAUGCUCACUCCUUGAAUCUCUUUGUGGAAAGUUUUUUGAAAAUGGUGCAGAAACUGUUAGAAUGUGAAGAAGCUGAACUUCAGAUUCUUGCCACUCAGUCAUUUAUCAAAUUUGCCAACAUUGAAGAAGAUACGCCCUCUUAUCAUAGAAGAUAUGAUUUCUUUGUUUCAAAGUUCAGUGUAAUGAGCCACAAUGCAGACAGGAAUGAAAAUGUUCGAGCAAAAAUAAGAGGUGCUGGACUUUUAGGGUUACAGGGUGUGGUCAGAAAGACAGUCAGUGAUGACCUCCAGGUCAAUAUCUGGGACCCUGUGCACAUGGACAAAAUUGUCCCUUCACUAUUGUUCAAUAUGCACACACCUGAGUUUAUGUCAGUGAACACAGAGAGUCCCAGAGAUGAGGAACAUCCUGCAUACAUUGCUGAGAUGGUCUUCAGGGACCUUGUGUGUAGAGCUUCCUAUGGGAAUGUUAAAUCUGUCCUCCAACCUGUUCUGUGUCAUAUAGACAACCACAGACUUUGGGUGCCAAACGAGUUUGCUGUGAAAUGCUUCAAGAUUAUCAUGUACUCGGUUCAACAACAAUAUGGCUACCUGGUCAUACAGAUGCUGAUGUCUCACCUGGACACACAUACCAACAGUGACCCCAGUAUCAAGGCCAGCAUCAUUGAGGUUUUGUAUGAGUCUGUUCUCAUCUCUGCCGGAGGAUCCAUAGGACCCUCUGUCCUGGAUGUGUUUAAUACACUUCUGAGACACCUGAAAACAUCUGUUGACAACAAGAGUCCUGAGGGGGAGAAACGAAACAUGGAGAAAAAGUUUGAAGAGGCCAUCAUUAACACCAUAGGUGAAUUUGCCAACAAUUUACCAGAUUACCAGAAAAUAGAAAUCAUGAUGUUUAUCAUGGGGAAAUUUCCUCAGUUUAGCAACAGUGAAGAAAUGGGAUUCAUGGACAACUAUCUUCAAACUAUGCUUCUUAAAACAUUACUAAAGGUUGCCACAAAAUACAAGACUGUGAUAAUGAAUAACGCAUUUCCUCCGGAGUUCUUGCAUCCUCUGCUACGGAUUUCCCUGUUGGAUGACCCUGGAUUGAGAGUGGUGGUCCAAGAGAUUUUACACACGCUCCUAGACAGACAUGACAAUGCCAGCAAGCUCAAAACUGUCAGUAUUCCUAAAGAUGUUGUCUCAGAACUAGAUCUUACCGUGGAUAAGGUUCCCAGACAAGACAGUCUGUUCAUGAAAAAGAAUGGAAUCCAAUUUUAUUGGCACAUAUUAGAAAACCUGCAGAUGGAAUCAAACAAAGCAGACAAUUUUGAAGUGAUCUUCUGCACAAUGUGUUUGAUAACCAUUGAAAUGGGAGGAGACGAUAUUUUAGUAGAACUCAUUCGAUUGGCUCUUGAUAUUCAGAGUAUGACGAUAGAGUCCACUCUGCCAAAGACACACAAGUGUUGUAACCAUGCCAUUGUGGCAGCAUAUCUGAAUGUUUUAGCCCAGAUUACCAACAUGUCCCCUCUAGUCCAGUAUCUCUCUGAUUUAUUUGAGCUGAGGAGGAAAGAGGCUUGUCAUUUGUUACCAGAGUUUGCUUUCAAUCGAUCUAACAGAGAUUCAAGUGUUAAAGAUGAAGACUAUCCAAAGGAGGAUAAAGUAGAGGAGAAAUGGUUAUUUGACCAGACAGCAUUACAGGACAUCCUGACGGAGUGCGGACAUGAUGCCUCUCGUCUCAGUGCACCCCUGGCCCAGAGACCCCAUAGCAGUAUGGGUAUCAUGAUACACGAUUCUGGCAUGGUUAACAGUAUGAGUGACAUUGGUUCCAUUAACAUUGAACUGGACAGUAUUGAAAGCUCACCGCUGCUGGCUAGAAAAAAAGUAGAAGAGAUUACAGUUGAAUCCUUAAAGAAAAUGUUAGCUGAAGACCAGUCUGUGAAGCGAGAAGAGGAUGCCAAGAAACGACAAGAAAUAUUUGAGACAUUCCAGAAUGCACCUUUCGAGGAGAUUGUUGCAAGAGCCGAAGCCAAGUCUAAUUGCUUCCAUGACAAGUUAUAUGAGAUCCUAGAGAUGAGUCCCCCUUCCAGUCCAGACCACACAACAAAAGAAAGCCAAAACGCUGUACCUGUCUUUGAAAUGCAGUUCCCUAGUUUAUAUGUGUACUAAUUUAUUUAUGAAAAAAACUUAACCUAGAGAAUACAAAUACAUUUAAUAUUACAAUGUACAGAAUUCAAUAAGUUUGGUACAUGUCUUACAAGGUUUUGUGAAUUACAUAUUUUCAUUCACAUACAUACAGAAAUAAAUAAUAGUUUAUAACAGUGCAGUUCAGUUUCACCCAGUAUUUUCAGUAUGAUUUUAUUAUAUUCUACCGGUAUUAGUCAGUGUCAGUUAUUUACAAUAUAGAUUUUUAAACUUUUAAACUGGAGUCCCGUGCAAUACAUGUAAUAGUCAUUCAAGGGUAUUAUGUGAUUGGUGUUAUUUAUUUAUGAGGAAAUUUGUCUUGUUAAUUAUUGCCCUGGUUUUGAACAAACAAUAAUAAUAAAGAAAGUAAAACAUAAA